ACAGUGGCACGCUCUGCUGCUCAGUGAGGAUGGGAAGAAUAUAAAAAAAGGAUUUUUUUUUAAAGAAACGUAUCAGGUAGUGGUGUCGCAGCAGAAGGAUGCCGCUGGUGAAGCGCACCAUCGAGCCCCGGCACCUGUGCCACACGGUGCUGCCGAGGAACAUCAAGAAUGAGCUGGAGUGUGUGACUAACAUCUCCUUGGCCAACGUCAUACGUCAACUCAGCAGCCUCAGUAAAUAUGCAGAAGACCUCUUUGGAGAGCUGUUCAACGAGGCACACACCUUCUCUUUCCGGGUCAACUCCCUGCAAGAGCGAGUGGACCGCCUCUCCAUCAGUGUCACACAGCUGGACCCCAAAGAAGAAGAAUUGUCUCUUCAGGACAUUACCAUGAGGAAGGCCUUCAGGAGUUCCACCAUUCAGGACCAGCAGCUGUUUGACCGCAAGUCGCUGCCCGUCCCACUGCAGGAGAGCUUCCAGACAUGCGAGCAGCCGCCACCCCUCAACAUUCUCACGCCCUACAGGGACGAUGGCAAGGAGGGUCUGAAGUUCUACACCAACCCGUCCUACUUCUUUGACCUGUGGAGAGAAAAGAUGCUGCAGGACACAGAGGACAAGAGGAAGGAGAGGCGGAAACAGAAGAUGAAGGCGAUAGACCGCCCGCAGGAGCAGGAGAAGAUACCGCGGUUGCCUCACGAUCGUAAGAAGGAGUGGCAGAAACUGGCACUGGGCGCAGAGCUCGCCCAGGACAUACCCGACGACAAACACAGAGAGGCCAACGGAUCUGCAGGUUACCACGACAACAGGGCUCCCUUGUACUUGGAACAUUUGGACGGGCCCUUCUCGCUGGCGGCGCUGCCCUACACCCAGAUGAACGAGCUGCUGAACCGUACUGGGGACAGAAUGUAUUCACGGCCCCACGACCCUCCACCGCCUCCACCUCUCAUGCACCCACUGGGAGAGAUCAAGCCACCCUCUGUGAUCAGUUCCAGUUCGGGUUUUUCCGACAGCAGACCCCAGUCUCCAGCCCGGACAGCAGGCUUCAACUUCAACACUCCUCCUCCACCGCCUCCCCCUCUCCCCCCUCCCCCUCCCCCGUUACCCUCCACAGGCAUGCGGGGCACUCCUCCUCCUCCCAUUCCUCCUCUACCAGUCCAGCAGCAGUCCCCGGCUAUCCCGCCUCCCCCUGCUCCCCUCCAGAUCGCCCCAGGGGUGCUGCACCCGGCUCCUCCACCCAUAGCUCCUCCCCUUCACUGCUCCCCGGCUCGUCUCCAGCAGGUCCUGGACAGGGGCCCACCCACGGGCUUUGGUACCCAGUCGGACGGCAGCAUCCUGCCUCCUCCCCCGCCGCCUCCUCCUCUGCCCCACCCUGGGGCACGGAGCUCUUCGCCUUGUCCCUCAGGCCCGCCACCUUUGCCGGCCUUCCCCUCAGCAGGAGCCAUGGCCUCCCCGGCGUCCCACACCCUUUACGAUGUGGGGAGCAAGAGGCAGCAUCCAGCCAAUCUGCCGCCCAUCAGCGAUGCGCGCAGUGUCCUGUUGGAAGCUAUCAGAAAAGGCAUACAACUGCGAAAAGUGGAGGAGCAACGCGAGCAAGAGGCUAAGCACGAUCGCGUUGGCAACGAUGUGGCCACCAUCCUGUCACGCCGCAUCGCCGUGGAGUACUCCGACUCCGAGGACGAGUCAGAGUUUGACGAGGGAGACUGGAUGGAGUGA